UGUUCAGGUAUACAAAACGAUGGGAAUUCUCAGCAGCUUUAUCCAUAUAUAAUUGUCGUUCUCGUAUUGUACAAUAAUUAUUUGAAUUGCAAGUUAAGUUAAAUAUUUAGUGAAAAGUUUUCCAAAAGUCGCAGUGAUUUUCCCCUCGAUACAUUACAGUGCGAAACGUGAAUAUGGCAAGGCUUGUUAUCAAAAUAGCAAUUACUGUCAAUCAUUACUGUCGGUCAAUGUAAUUAUGAAUCGAGCUCAAUACAAAUACAAAAAGAAUCUUUCCGAUUGAGGCUAAGCUAAACUGGUUCUUCUAACCGUAGAACAAGCGAUGCGGAAUCGCUCAUUCAAUAUUUGCUAAUGGAAGCGUGAUUCUGAACUUCUCAAUUGCAACAUCUGCAACCGGUCAAACCUGUUUGUAGUACUAUGUGCAGUAGGAAUCACAGUAAAUAUCGCCUUGCAUAUAUCAAAUAGUGAUAGAAAUAGUAGACGCUCAGUGCAAUGUAAGAGCUUGAGCUAAAAUGGUCAGCAGAAUCACAGUUUAGCCCCAUUUGGAUUGUUGUGAAAUAGAGAAGCUAAGAAAUGAACGGCUGGCAAAUAAUAUGCUUCUUACUAGUGGUUUUUGCCUAUAUCGAGCACAAUAAUGCCGCCACCAAAGUGCUCUACGAAUUCCGCAUUCGCGAGGUUCACAGUGAACGCAAUGAGACGGGCACGCUCAACACCUCGAGCAACAAGACGGGAGAGCCCGAACUGAUAGUCACAGGCAAGCGCACGUCGCAAUUGAUACUGCCCGGCAAGGACUUGAAUUCCAGCAGCACCGUCUACAAUGAGCUGGUUGUCUAUACGGCCGAUGACAACGGCUACCAUGUCAAGUACAAUAUAAGCAUAAGGCCACUCGACCUGGACAUACGUCUCGGCGGGAAGACCCUUAAGGUGAUCGUGGGCUAGCUGCGGAACCAGUAUUAUUUUAUUGUAAGUGAAAGUGAUAGUAGCCAACAAUUUUAAACCCAUCCUCAGAGUAGUAUAUUAAUUAAUUUAUUUAAAUAAAUAAUAUAGAGACUGGAUCUGUUCUAAGCAAUGAGAAUAGAUUUCCAUCAAAUGAUCAUCGAUUUUGAUUAUCGAGAAAACAUUAAAAAAAAAAAAAAAAAACAAGAAUUUAUGCAAGAAUGGAUUAGUCAGUAAAUUUUAACAAGAAAAAACAA